CUGUUUCUCUUCCUCUUUGGCUGCCCUAGAACCUUCUUGAGAGAAACCCCUUUUUGUAUUCCUUAGCUUUCUCUCUCUCUAGAAGAAUUUCUCCCUUCUCUCUCUCUCUCUGAAGUCGUAUGGCUUCAGGUUCACCUUCACAAGCCAGUCUUCUCCUUCAGAAACAACUUAAAGAUCUCUGUAAACAUCCAGUUGAUGGAUUUUCGGCUGGAUUGGUUGAUGAAAGCAACUUGUUUGAAUGGAGUGUCACCAUUAUUGGACCUCAAGAUACUUUAUAUGAAGGGGGUUUCUUUAAUGCUAUCAUGAGCUUUCCUCAAAAUUAUCCCAACAGUCCUCCAACUGUAAGGUUUACCACAGAGAUCUGGCAUCCUAAUGUUUACUCUGAUGGAAAGGUUUGCAUCUCAAUUCUUCACCCGCCAGGUGAUGAUCCAAAUGGCUAUGAGCUUGCUAGUGAACGUUGGUCUCCUGUCCACACGGUGGAGAGUAUAGUUUUAAGCAUCAUAUCCAUGCUUUCAAGCCCUAAUGAUGAGUCUCCUGCUAAUGUGGAAGCUGCUAAAGAAUGGAGGGAAAAAAGAGAUGAGUUCAAGAAAAGGGUCAGUCGUUGUGUAAGACGGUCACAAGAAUUGGACUAAACACAGAAAUGUUCCAACCCAUUUUAUGAUAGAGCUGAGGGAGUGCCUCGUCGUUCUUUUGGCUGGAUGUUCAUUGCUACAAAGUGCAGAAUUUGUUGACCGUUGAACAUUAUGUAUUGUGCCUUUCUGGUCUUGGGGGUUUUGACAUUUUUGUUGAUCUUACUUUGAAGGUUAAUUGCCAUUUAUAUUUGUUGGAAAAACUUUAUAGGUUGCUGAACCCUGUGUUCUUUGGCCUUUUACUUUUUUGAUGUUAUAUUAGCUUUAUGUCCAUUCCAGCCCUGUCCCAAUCAAGAAAUGAAGAAUGCACAUUAAUGAAAGGAAAAAGUGGAUGGGUUGAUAUUUGGUUGUAAUAUAAAGUUACAUUUUCCCA